UCCUUCCUCCGACGCUUGCGGCUCCCCCCUUCUCCCAGCGCCUGCAGCCCCCCCUCCCCAAGGCUGUGCUCGGAUCUCGUUUGGAUGCAUUGAUUUUGCUGGGGCGAAAGAGACGCAGAGCCGGGAAGGGAGAGGUCUCUUUUUUUUAUCAUCAUCUGGAGGGGGGAGACCACCGACGUUGAAUUGUUUCCCCCCCGGGGCUUGAUUUAAACAACAACAAGGGCGACGACAAACCGAAGCGGAGAUCUACGAGUCUCCCCCCCCUCCUUGCUUCGGUGUGCUCGGGAGUGUCUCCCCCCCGGGUCUGUUUCUCCCCCCGCUUGGAGUGCCUGCGAAGAGGUGGGGGGGAAGAGCCACGUCCGCCAGCCAGGGUAAUUUCGGGGGGCCACCACCAUGGGAUGUACACUGAGCGCGGAGGAGAGAGCCGCCUUGGAGAGGAGCAAAGCCAUCGAGAAGAACUUGAAGGAAGAUGGCAGCAGCGCGGCCAAAGACGUGAAACUGCUCUUGCUAGGGGCUGGGGAAUCCGGGAAAAGCACCAUUGUGAAGCAGAUGAAGAUCAUCCAUGAAGAUGGCUUCUCUGGAGAAGACGUGAAGCAGUACAAGCCUGUGGUCUAUAGCAACACCAUUCAGUCCCUGGCAGCCAUUGUUCGCGCGAUGGACACCCUGGGCAUUGAGUACGGAGACAAGGAGAGAAGGGCUGAUGCGAAGAUGGUCUGCGAUGUCGUCAGUCGGAUGGAGGACACGGAGCCCUUCUCUCCAGAGCUGCUUUCGGCAAUGAUGAGACUUUGGGCAGACUCUGGCAUCCAAGAAUGCUUCAACCGGUCCCGAGAAUAUCAACUCAAUGACUCUGCUCAGUACUACUUAGACAGCUUAGAUCGAAUUGGAGCUCCUGACUACCAGCCCACAGAGCAAGAUAUCCUUCGAACCAGGGUCAAAACAACUGGCAUUGUAGAAACCCAUUUUACGUUCAAAAAUCUCCACUUCAGGCUGUUUGACGUCGGAGGUCAGAGGUCAGAACGUAAGAAAUGGAUCCACUGUUUUGAGGAUGUCACAGCGAUUAUUUUCUGUGUCGCACUGAGUGGGUACGACCAGGUGCUUCAUGAAGAUGAAACCACGAACCGCAUGCAUGAGUCUCUAAUGCUCUUCGACUCCAUCUGUAACAACAAAUUCUUCAUCGAUACCUCCAUCAUUCUCUUCCUCAACAAGAAAGACCUGUUCAGUGAGAAGAUCAAGAAAUCACCUCUGACUAUCUGCUUCCCUGAAUACACAGGUCCCAACACGUACGAUGAUGCUGCAGCCUACAUCCAAGCACAAUUUGAGAGUAAAAACCGUUCGCCAAACAAGGAGAUUUACUGUCACAUGACUUGUGCGACGGACACGAACAACAUCCAGGUGGUAUUCGACGCCGUCACCGACAUCAUCAUUGCCAACAACCUUCGAGGCUGCGGCUUAUACUGACCUCCCCUCCCCCCUCCCAUUCUGUAUAGCAAGCAACUUAUUUGGAAACAAUCACACCGAGAGGAAAAUAAAAUAUUUGAAAAAAAAGGCAAAAACAAAAUAUGAGUCUCUCACACACACGCACACACACACACACACAAUAUUAAUGAAUGAUGCAAGCUGGUAAAUAAAAAGGCAUAAUGAAAAAUUAUAUAUAUAUUUGAAAACACUUCCUUUUUUUUAAGUUUGCCUCAAAAGAGCUAUGGAAAGAACUGAUGCCCCCCCCCCCGAAAAGU